AUGUCUUCAGAUAAUAAAUCCAAUAUUUUGGAUCGGCUUGUUGCUCAAUGUCCGCUUACCGAACAAGCAACAGGCAAUACACGCUCUAAUGAUAAGAAAACUCCUAGUCAAGAUAUUAUAAGCAAUUUAGUAUCACCGACACAACGAACAUUGCCGAUAAACCAUCAACUACCUUCAUCCAAUUUAGCAAUGUCGCAGACAAAGAAUAAAUUAUGUCCACGUUGUGGAAAACCUGUCUACUUUGCCGAAGAAGUUAAAGCUGUUGGACAGUCGUUUCAUAAAUUAUGCUACAGAUGUACCAGCUGUAAAAAGAGUAUUAAUGGAGCAAAUUUUUCAGAACAUGAUGGCAAUCUUUACGAUAAUAAUUGUUAUCAACGUUUAUUUGGUCCAAAAGGUGUUGGCUAUGGAAUAGGUGCAGGUGCUCUAUCAACAGGCACUUGA